GCAUCAACAAAUCUAAAAAGUUUCUUUCGUUUGAGUGAACGAAAAGCCACUCUCGGAAGUUGUACAAAAGCAUGGCAUCUCCUUCACCAAAAUCACCGGGUCAGCUCUCGGAUAAAAGCAAAAAAUAUGAUCGCCAGUUGAGGCUUUGGGGAGAUCAUGGGCAGGCUGCAUUGGAGAGUGCCAGUGUCUGUCUUAUUAACGCAACUGCAACGGGAACAGAAAUUUUGAAGUCUCUAGUCUUGCCUGGAAUCGGUUCUUUCACUAUUGUCGACGGUGCGUUGGUUUCUGGGGAGGAUGCUGGGAAUAAUUUCUUCCUUGAUCACAACAGAAUCGGGAAGCCUCGGGCACAUGUGGCAACCCAGUUGCUGAUGGAACUAAAUGCAGAUGUGAAAGGGGACUACAUAGAAGAAACAUGUGAUCAACUUUUGUCAAAUAAUCCAGAUUUUUUUUGUACAUUCUCAGUUGUCAUAGCCACUGGCCUUACUGAAAAGUCAUUGCAUUCUCUGUCAACCAAUUUGUGGCAGAACAAUGUCCCCCUGGUAGUUUGUGUAUCCUAUGGAUUUAUUGGAUCUAUCCGGCUUCAAGUCAGUGAACAUUGCAUCAUCGAAUCACAUCCAGAUAACUUGCUGGAGGACCUCCGGCUUGAUAAACCAUUUGAUGGAUUGAAAGAGUUCAUGGAGACCAUCAAGCUAGCUGAAAUGGAUCACAAGCAGUUCAGUCAUACACCAUAUUUAAUGCUGUUGUACAAAGCCUUAGAAAUAUGGAAGGAAAAGCACAAUAGUAAUAUGCCAUCCAAUUACAAAGAAAAACAAAUCCUCAAGGAUAUCAUAAGCAAAGAAUUAGGAUGCGGUAUCGUCAAAGAAGAGGACUCUAACACUGGCGGCGAGGAAAACGUCGCCGAGGCCAUUAAAGCGGUUAACACAGCUCUAAAUAAGACCCAAAUUCCAUCCAGUGUACAAAAGAUCCUGAAUGACGACCAGUGCAUUCAUCUAAAAGAGAAAAACCCCUUCUGGAUUGUGGCACGUGGAGUUAAAGAAUUUGUGGAAAAGGAAGGAAACGGAGCACUACCCCUGCAUGGCUCUCUCCCCGACAUGACUUCCGAUUCUCAACGCUACAUCGCUCUCCAGAAUGUAUAUCGUGAGCAAGCAGCUAAAGAUGCCGAACACGUGUGGCGCCACGUACAACUCAUACUGAAGGAGCGAGGCUGGUCUAGUGAAUCGGUGAUGGAAAAUGACGUCAAGUUGUUUUGUAAGCAUUCGUCUGAACUACGAAUGAUACGAGGCACUUCACUGGCGGCCGAAUUGGAUGGCAAGCAACUCCCGGGAGAUGUCGACAUCAAUCAGCAGUUGGAAGAACCAGAUAGCCCCUGGCUGCACUACCUUCUUUUAAGAGCUGUUAAUAAAUUCCACACGGAAAAUGGAUCACAUCCCGGUUACUAUGACGACAAUGUUGAGACCGAUAUAGCUAAAUUGAAGGGUUGCUUCUCUCGUCUUCUUAACGAUCUUGGUUGCCAAGGCGGUAGUCUUUCAAAGGAUGACAAUCUUCACGAGAUGUGUCGCUACGGUGCAGCCGAGUUGCACGCCGUUGCAGCAUUUAUUGGUGGAUGUGCCGCCCAAGAAGUUAUCAAACUCAUCACCAAGCAGUACGUCCCGUUGGAUAACACUUUUAUUUUCAACUCGGUUACGACUACCACGGCAACGCUGCGCUUAUAAAUAUCCAAAAACAGAAAAACCCUUUCCUUCCUCCCACAGAAAAACCGAAAUAAAGAAACAAGAAAAGAAAAUGUACGAUUUUUUCGCUCUCCUCUACAAAUUAUCAAUAAAUGGAUGUAUGAUUCUUCAAUAA